UUUUGACUUAACAUUGUUUCAGCAGUAAUACCACAUUUAAAAUACUAUAAUACCGAAUGAAGCGAAAAGCCGAAAUGUAAAAUUACAGAAAAUAGUGUAGUCAUACGCUUUAGUUAUAAAGAGGAUGAAACAAAAUCUUUCAUGUCAGUAAUAAGUAUAAUCUGACAUUUGUCAUACGAUCACUUCGCUUUAUUGUUAUUUUAAUUGUUAAUUUCACUUGUACUACCUUGAGCCAAAAUCUACUAAAUUGAUAUUGAAUCUUUGGAAAUAAUUUUAUUAUUUAUUAGCUAUAGAAUUUCUAGAUAUUUAUAGUUUACACUUUACAUCAUGACUUGGCCGACAGAUUUUGACAAAAGGCUUGGGGAAUAUGAUGCAAUGGAGUUGCCUGGACAACAGUUGCAGGCGGCACACGCCUACACACCUUUAGACCACAUCCUCAACUUAGAUAUUAAAGCACCGCCUGCAUGCCAAAGACUGACUGGAAUCGUAGCGUCAAUGGGCAAAUCUACAUACGACCUUGAAGUGAUGGAAAAGAUGAUGGGUGCAGGGAUGAAUAUUGCCCUGCUGAACAUGAACUUUGGACCGAGAGAAGAACACAUAGAAGCGAUUAAAAUGCUCCGACAAGCAGCUAAGAACUUUAGCAUCAGGACGGGAAAGAACUAUCCAUUAUCUAUAGCAAUCAAAUUGUCGGGCAGGAAAAUAAGAACUGGACGUAUUGCCGACAGUUACGGUGAGUCGGUGGAGCUAAAAGCCGGUGAAGUUGUACGAUUGACGACAGACGAGACCUAUAAAGAACGAUGUUCAACAUAUACAGUAUACGUAGACUUUAUGUACUUUGCUGAACAAAUGAACAAAGGCGACUACGUUCUACUGGACAAUGAAACCAUAAUGCUAAAGGUUGAAAUAAUUUCGUCAUCGACAUUAACUUGCAAAAUUGAAAGAGGUGGAUUCCUUGGAUCUUUCAAAGAUGUUUUUGUUCCAAAUGUUAUAUUGAACAUGCCCAACUUCACAGAGAAGGACAAAAAUGAUAUUGAGAUGGCAAUCGCCAAUCAGGUUGAUAUUGUAAUAGCCUCCUUUGUAAGCUCGCCCGCCCAAAUAGCAGAACUAAAGACCCUGCUUGGUGACAGGGGCAAAAAGAUAGCGAUUAUGGCAAAUAUUCAAACAAUUGAAGGAUUUCGGAACUUUGACGCUAUUUUACAGGUGGUGAAUAGUGUCAUGAUAACGCGACAGGAAUUGGGGUCGGAUAUCACGCCGAAGAAAUUGGUGAUAGCUCAAAAGAAUUUGAUCGCUCGAGCGAAUAAAGCCAAUGUUCCAGUAAGUAUUAGCGCUCACCUGCUCAGCAGUAUGCGUCAAAGAAAAAUACCACUGAGAGCCGAACUGCUUGAUAUUGCUAAUUGCAUCCUUGAUGGUGCCGAUAACAUGGUACUUAGUGCCGAAACCGCCGUAGGGCAGUAUCCUAUAGACACAGUAGCAGUCAUGAGCAGUGCUUGCAAGGAAGCGGAAACAUGUGUUUGGUCUAAACAAGUAUUUUACAACUUCGUUGAUAAGACACCAUUGCCAUGCGACCAAUGCGCGGGCGCUGCUAUGGCCGGGGUUAUGGCUGCUCAACGAUCGAUCGCCGCUGCUAUUAUCGUCGUCACUACAUCUGGUAAAUCAGCACAGACUGUUGCGAAAUACAGACCUCGAUGCCCAAUCAUGGCAGUAACAAGAUACGCCAUUAUUGCUAGGCAGCUUCAUAUGUGGAGAGGAAUUUUGCCUGUCAUUUAUGAAGAUCCACCAGACCCAGAAUGGGCAACGGACCUUGAGAAACGUGUCAAUUUUUGUGUGAAAUUUGGAAUAGAAAAAGGGUUCAUCCGGGUCGGCGAUCCAAUAGUUAUUGUCUCUGGCUGGCGGCAAGGCUCUGGAUUCACUAACACAAUGAGAGUGGUUUAUGCUACAGCAGACACAACAACAAACUUGUAAUUAGUUUAACAAGUCUUGCUUUAAUAAAUGAUCAUAUCUA